AUGACUGAUGAUGAAAACCAAUUUCGACGUCGUGUUGUUAUAAAGGAAGAUGACGCUAAAAUGGUUUUACUGGAUAAUGGCGACAGAAUAGGUGAUGCUGGCUGCAACACGACAGAGGGAGAAGCUGAGGAGGAGCUUAGCAGAUGUGGAAUACGAAGGGUUGUAAAGCGAAGGUCUCGGAAGGAGCUGGAGCGGAUACAUUUUCAAAUGGUAAAUGAGCGAGUGGUUGAGGACGUCACGCUAGAGGUGCUCUACAAGCCGCACACUCUAACAAUUCUCGCGUGUUUGUGCGCAUUUCUUUGCUACAAAGCUUUCUCUGGAUAUGACCGAGGAACUGAUGCAAAUGUUUAUGAUGGAUGUAUGGGUACAUUUGCUCUCUUCUUAGUUGUAAGUGCGCUUGCUUUUCCUAACGGGCCAUUCAUCAGGCCACACCCAGUUUUGUGGAGGAUUAUUUUUGGCAUGUCUGUUGUCUAUCUGAUGAUCUUGCAGUUUACGCUCUUUCAAACAUACAGCGAUAUAAAAAAAGUACUCUCCUGGCUAGAUCCGGAUGGUCUCAGUCACGAAAAACUUGAAGAGAAAGCAUACGCCGUUAACUGCUCCGAUGUUUCACUUGGCCGAAUUUGGAGCCACGUGGAUAUUUUUGCUGUUGGCCAUUUUCUUGGAUGGGCGAUGAAAGCCUUGUUGAUAAGGCAUGGUAUACUGUGUUGGUAUAUCAGUAUUGCUUGGGAGCUUACCGAGGUGGUGUUCACGAAGCUUCUACCUAAUUUUGAGGAGUGUUGGUGGGAUGCAAUAAUUUUGGAUAUACUUGUGUGCAAUGGACUGGGUAUCUGGUUUGGCUUGAAAGUGUGCAGCUUUUUUCAGAUGAGGCAGUUUCAUUGGGAAAGUAUCAAGGACAUAAAGUCUCACCGUGGUCGCUUCAAACGGGCAGUAAUGCAGUUUUUACCGGAAAGUUGGACGGAACUGCAUUGGUUCAACUCUAAUGCGUUCAAAAGAACGAUGGCUGUUUACUUAUUUGUUCUGAUUUGGCUUCUCACAGAAUUGAAUACUUUCUUUCUGAAGCAUGUGUUUGCCGUGGACACAAAACAUCCUUUUGUUUUUUGGAGGAUCAUUUUAAUUGCACUCAUUUCGGCCCCAUCCAUCAGGCAAUUUUAUCUGUACGCUACGGACCCUUUAGUGAAAAGAAUUGGUAUGCAGUGUUGGAUAUAUUGUGCAGUUACGGCUCUUGAAGCUGCUAUAUGUGUAAAGUUUGGGCGGCACAUGUUUCCCGAUUUGCCCAUCUAUCCUAUUAUCGCAUGGAUUGGGUUCCUGGUUAUUGGAACGUUCUUCAGCGUUUGGCUGUCGGUAUGGUGGGCUCGUUUUGUUUCAAACACGAAGGAGUUCGACUUCAAUGGCGAAAAACGUGUUUGCUACAUAGAUUCCUCCCACGAAAAUCUUGGAGCGAUCCACGACGAUGUGUGUCGUCGUCGACAUGAUCUCGGUUUUUCUGAAUCCGAUUUGCAGUAA